CUAUCACAACUCUUGCAUUGUUCCACUUGCCCCUCACUCCCCCCUUCCCACUAGCAUCAAGCGAAAUGGCAGAAGACCAAGCAAAGGCACCCGUGCCCCUCGCAUCAGACGCACCAGCUGCAGAGGCAGACGCUGGCCCAUCAAACGCACAAACCGCCACCGACGCGCUGAGUAACGUCAAGGUGUUCGCCCCGCCUGCCGAGACGAGCGGCCCGCAGCCAGUCGAGCUCGACGACGCCUUCUUCGAGCACUCAAUCUCGGACGUCCAGGCGCUGCAUGCCAGCGUGGCGGGCCAGUCGUCGCGCCUGAACAAUGCGCCGUUGUUGACGAGCAAGUACCGCGAUGCGGACCGCGCCGCCAAGGAGCAGAAGAAGGCGGACAGGUGGCCCACUGCAACCAUCCGAGUCAAGUUCUCAGACGGCACACAGAUCCAGAGCACCUUCCCCUCCUCCUCUCCAAUCCAACCCGUGUACGACUUUAUCCGCCUCUCCCUCUCCCCCGAGGCGCUCGAGAAGACAUUCACCCUCUACCAGCCCCCACGCACGCUGUACCCCGAGAAGCCGCCGCCUCCAGACCCGAAGAAGGCCAAGCCUGUCAACCCGGCGAUGAAGGCCCACAUUGUCGCGCCGGCCAACUAUGGGCAUGUCCGUGGCGACGUCGUGGCGGGUCUGCAGGGCGGAACAGGCGGCAAGGAGAGCCUGUCCGAGCUCGGGCUCGUGCCGCAGAGCGUGCUCCUCGUCAAGUGGGACGAUGCGGCGAUGAAUGCGUCGACAUUCCCCGCACCACUGGCAGACCACCUCAAGGCCAGCGUGGCCCCGCUCCCUGCGCCAACUGUCAAGGCCGAAACCCAGAAGGAACGCAAGCCGCUGACGGGAUCCGGUGGGGACGUCAAGAUGCCCAAGUGGCUGCAGAAGGGGCUGUUGAAGAAGAAGUAGAGAUGGCGGGCAGCGGAGUAG